CUUCAGAUGCGGUGUAGAAAUGCUCGAGGUGGCUGUUUAAUGGUCUGUUCAUUGGAAUCAAUUGAGAGACAUGAGAGAGAUUGUGAAUACAGCUUCAUGUCGUGUAUAAAUGCUGGUUGCACAGCUCAGUUUGAGAGAAGGAACCUGGACGGCCAUCUGGCUGUGUGUGAUCACCGGAGUCGCGAGUGCCCAAAUGGAUGUGGCUACACUAUUCUGAGUGCUGAAGAUCUACAACAUAAUUGCAUAGCUGAAUUAAGAACAGAGCUAGAGCUUCUAAGAUCUGAAAUGAUAUGCAGAAUAGAGGAAACAAAGCAGGAGAUGGAAUCUCGACUUGACUCACAAAGGAGACACAUGGUGCAGAAAGAGAGCAUUUUAAUGAGUGAAAUUGAAGAACUGAAGAGCCAAAUGUCACGUUUGAUGUCUGAUGUGCGCAGUCUCCUGGUAUCUGAGAGACAACACCGACAAGACCUUGAACAGGCUGAUUUGGAGAAACAGGAAUUAAUGGAGAUUUUAAAGGGUCUACAGAAAGAGAGCAGAUCAAAAAGCAAUACUGGAAACCAUAAACCUACUAAUAUCCAUCCACUGACACGCUUUGAGAGUAUAAAGAGAAAUACCAGGGAAGUCACUAUUAUCUAACAUGCUUGGUAUUUAAGCAGUGGCCAAUACAUUUUGUAAACAAGCGUGGGACACUUUUGUUAUUUUUUUCCACCAUGUUUAAAUGACUUAAAAUGCUGCAUUUUAGUAAUUUGUGAAGAAAACAAUGUUAUGGUUUCUUCUGUAUCACAUUCACUGUUAAUUAGAAAUAAUGUAUUGAUUAAGAUACAAUUGCAAU